GCGGCCGGACGCUCGACCGUCACCCGCGCGCCGCCGGCACCCCGUAGCCCGGCCUUCGCAACUUCCAAGCCACCACCACCCUCGCCUUCCUGGACUUUACCCAGGACUUUAUUAUUUCAAGCUUUGUGUACUCCAAGGGGUGUUUAUGGACUAAUAACUACAUGUCUUGUUCUCUAACUUAGAGACGAAGUGCUACUACUCGUGCUUAUUACACUGAAGUGCUAAUCCCAAUUCUGGUUCUUUAUUGGAUCGCCUUUAUAUCGUCGAAGAUACAUAAACAUCUCGGAUAUCUUCGCUGGAUUUAACCAUCAACUGAUGAUAAUGGAUAUUGUUAAUUAUGUUACUACCCGUUCUGUGAAUGUGAUGAACUAAAUCUUUCAAGAGCAGUGUACGGGUUUGGGGUGAAUAAUGGGAAAAAGGAACGUUCGGAUUAAGUUUGCACAUUCCAUUGGUCCGCCUGUUAAUUUGGGUCCACUGGGCACUUUUGAGUAGCACCCCAAGCCGAGUCUAUAAACACUGUUAGUUACCGACGCGCUAGCGCUGCCAAUAAAAGUACAAGUCAUAUCGGGUUAAAUAUAACUCACUUAUUUAAACUUAGAUUUACUUAUUUUAGUACAAAAAUAAAAGAAACACAGCAAGUGAUUGCUUAAUGUAAUUGUAUUGGAUAAAAACCUAUACCGAGUCAUCGUUCUCGGUUAAAUUAUUGAAACGGUAGUCAUGACGGCCACUGCACCAGAAUUGUCAAAGUCAGAUUUUUUUGAUUUUGUGACAUCUAAUGAAAUAACUGACGCGCAAUAUAAGCAACAAAUGCGAUCAGUUAAUGUAUUCAUGGAAUCACCAGAUUCAAGAUCAAACCCUUUGUUGUCGGAAGAGCCUAAGGAACAAAAUAACAAUAAUCUGUUGAGUGUAACGAACGUGCAAUCAUCGCCAACCAACAGCAUGACAGCUGCAACUAGCUCUAAUCCACUUCAAAGUUUUGAUUCUAUAUGGAAUGUCGACCGGGACAGGGAUCGCUUAGAGACUGCUAUGCUGGAAGAUCUCAACAAAUUUUAUUGGAAUCAAGAUAACGAAAUGAAUGGGACACACACAUGCACCGAUACAGCUAUUUCAAAUAAAUUAAUUAGUAAUAAUACUGACGGGCAAAUAUAUACACUAACUGUCCUUAAUCAAGACAUCAACGAAACCAGUACGAAUCGUACAUAUAAUUGGGGAAAAGAAGAAGAUGUUUCAAUGUCAAGUCCAACAGAUUUGGAACAAAACUCUUCAUUAGACCUUGAAACGAUAUUGAAUAUGAAUGGAUUUCCUAACGAUUUCAGUCAAGACGCACUUAACUCAAAUAUUCUACCAAAAGUAGAAAGUUUUAACUAUGAAGAUGGAGACUCGGAACAUCCAAACGUAGAAUUAAGUACAAGGAAUUUAGUAAAAGUGGAACCUUUCAGUUAUGAUGAAAGUGAAUUUCGAAGUAAUGAUAAAAAAGAUGAUUCAUCACACAGCACUAUUAUUGGUGCGCCAACUUUGUUAGAAGUAGAAUACAAUAACAAUAAUAAUGAUUGGAAAUUGACUGAUCAAAAUACUGAAUCAAAUGAAUCUUUAUUGCGAAGUGCCUUGCAAGGAAAAGCUUUUAUAAGAUAUAGUACAAUACAAAAAAAUACUGUUACCAAACUUGACGCAGAAACAGAACUAAAAAGGGUUAUUAUAAACAAUAACAAUAAAGCUGAUGUACCAUCAAUGUAUCAAGACAAUAAAGACACGGAAGCAGAAUUAUUAAUGGCAAUGGGUCCAUCAAACGGCAAUGUCAAUAUAUCUAUACUGCUAGAAGAACCAACCGCAACUGUGGUUGCUAAUGGAGAGAAUCCUACUUCAACACAAAGUGUUGACGACAUUAUUCUUUCACAAUUGGAUACCAGUUAUCCAGACGAUUACGAGAAGUUAAAACGGAUAGCAACAGAACUGGGUGAAUCAGUUCAACCAUUCUGUACUGUAGAACCAAUUGACCCGACGCGCAGCGUGUACAACAUUCACCACGUUAACGGCGAAUUAGUAACUAUGAUUCCGGCGGGAGAAGUCCAGUUACCUCAACGCUUACAAAUAGUUACAGCAUCGCCAACUGUCUCGAGCACGAAACCUCUUGGCAAAAAAUAUAGUAAAAGACCUCCAAACAAGACCUCUCCACCAUCAACUCAAGUGCAGUCAGGGACAGCUGUUCAACCUGCGACCUCUACAUCGAACGGAGUUAGAAAGGAGAGAUCUUUACAUUAUUGUUCCAUUUGUUCGAAAGGCUUUAAGGAUAAGUACUCUGUCAAUGUUCAUGUAAGGACACAUACAGGCGAAAAACCUUUCACAUGUUCUCUGUGUGGUAAAAGCUUUCGACAAAAGGCGCAUCUCGCAAAACAUUAUCAGACUCAUAUUGCACAGAAAAACGCCGCUGCUAAUGGCGCCUCCAAACCCACCAAACAGCGGUAACCGCUCAUCCCGUAUUAAUGUUUCCGUUCACAUUUAUAGUCAAUUGAACUAAAUGACUGAUAGCGAGUGUAUUUUUAAAUCAAACACGUAAAGGCUGAAAUAUCACAGAUGAAUUUGGUAAGGUGCUAAAUAAAUUAAUAAUUUAAACAUUUAAGGCAAGAAUAUUACGUAAAGAUUCUCAGCCGUUAUCAUGCUUGUUAAUUUGUAUGUAAUUCCGCCCGUUACCGAUUACUCUUAGCUUUAGCUAGUUUUAGCUAUAUACAUGUACAAGUAAGUGUUUUUAAAUACAAUAUUGUUUAAACUUUACAUUCCAUUUAAAUAAGUCAUAUUAUAUAGAUUGCAAAUCAUCACAUUAUAGGCUAUCUAUAUGCACUCAAUACUCGUUCGGUUCCUGAUAUCAUAAAACU